AUGCCGGAAAUACCAAUUACCCCUGGCUCCCCCAACCGCUCCGCAAACGAAGACACUCCCAUGGACGAUGCGCCAUCCAUCAAUUCCGCCGCGACGCGCCCAGCUGCCGAGGUUCCGUACAACCGCGAAUUUGAGGACAGCGUUAUGCGCGUCAUCUUAGAUCCACCGGCCACCAAUGAUGGUGUUGAAUCGCGCGGCCCGCUCCCGGCGUUCCUACUGGGCCGCGACACGGUGCCGCAUGAAGAAUUGCCCCUGCUGUUGGACGACGCGCGCCGACAGUACAAGUCCAUCAUCCCGGGGAUCAAGCUCACCCAUCCCACCGGUGCGUACGAGGGGGGCAAUCCGGAGGUAACGGAGGAGGACAAGGCCUGGACCCGGCUGUGGAUAGAGCGCAACAAUAUCAAGACGAUGGACGACCUGGAGCGCGCCAAGGUAGUGGCCUAUCAAGAAGAGCUGGACGAGAUGCGCAGGCGCGCGCAGGCCCGCAAGGAGGCUCUCAACGAGAGGGAAAAGAUUGAGAAGGAGCUCAAGGCGCUGAAUGACCAGCGCGAGGUCGAGCUCAAGGCUCAGCGCAGCAUCAUCGAAAAGGCCAAGGCGAAGAAAGAGGAACGCAGGGCGAAGAGGACGAAGCUCGCUGCACCUAUCGAAGAGGUGCAUUGA